UGUACAAACGAAUCGUUUUCUGUUUACUUCAGCUGUCGUAAAACUCCGACAACGUCAUAGCCAUAGACCUUAAAUGAUUGGCUUAUAAGGAGCAUGUGGUCAAGCCAUUGAACGACAGAUUGCCAUCUCCUUCUUGAAACAUCUCUGACAACAUACGUACUCUCGUGGCUGAGGAAGGCAUGAGUGGUACAAAAAUAGAUUCCAUUAACUAGUCGUCUCUUCAUAAUGGCCAGUAAAGGUGAUGGAGAGGUGUGGUACUCGCAUCCGGUUUACGCCCGAUACUGGCAGCACUACCAGCAGGCCAUGAGCUGGCACCAGAGGCAUAAGCGGGCAUACAGAAAAGCUUUGGAGGCUGGCUACUUCCAGACACUGUAUGCCAUGUACCCCUCUGCCAUCCAGCGAUACUCAGAUUGGCAUGCAGACGAGAGCUGGAGGAACACUCACAAAGACAGAACGACAGGUAGAGAAGAAGAAAGGGAGAAUGAGGCCACUGAUUCAGACAGUGAACUGGAGGAGGAGAGUUCGGAUGAGAGCCAGAUCGAGUGUGACGUCAGUAACAUGGACAUCUCAGAAGAGCUGCGACAAUACUUUGCCCAGACAGAGCGUCACAAGCAGGAACUCAAGAAACAACAGCAGAUGGAGGCAGAGCAGCAGGACUCGUAUGUUCUAGCUGACCAAGACAUGCACAGAGUUUCCUGGCGCAGCAGCCUGCCUCCUUCAGAGCGUCCAGGAGAAAGGAGGACUGCAGAGAUGAAGAAGCUGUAUGGUAAAGAUGCAGCAAAGAUUCAGGGGAUGGAAGCAGCCAUGCAGCUCACCUUUGACCGCAACUGUGACAAAAAACAGCCCAAGUACUGGCCUGUUAUACCACUAAAUCUGUAGGACGAUUAGACCCUAUCAUUAGUAUGCCUGGUUCAACAGUGCUGACAGUACUGAAGUGAUGCAUCAAAUCUGCAUCUGUGAGGACCUUUAGCAUAUAUAGAACAAACACUUAUAUCCUUAUAGACAGAUAAAGCAUUUAGAGAGUACUUUUACUAAAUUCUCAGUUCAAUAUGAUCAGUAUAAACUUUAAAAUUUUGAGUUUGAGUUCUACAAUUUCCAAUUUACACUUGUUUUCUUUUGCAAUAUCUGAUAUCUGUAUGUAAUGGCAUCCACACAGUUCUAUCUUUUUAAAGUUUCUCAUAUCAUUUAAAUGAUGGAAGCGAUGCUUAGAUGUGUCGUUCUUUUCAUGUAGUCAUUUCUGCCUAACUAGGUCAUUGCCUCCCCCACAGUCUUUGGUUGAUGUGUUUAGCCUGUCUCUUCUUUUUGCAUCUCACAUGAGACGGUGUUUGCUGGGUUAUUCUCUGGUGCAGUUUUUACAUUGAAGUUUCUCAGUUUUUUUUAAUUCAAAAGAAGUCAUUGUUUAAUUAAUGUGGUUUGAUUGCUUAAUAAAUGUAUUGCAUUGAAA